AUGCAUUCCUCCUCCAAAGCCCUAGGCGAGCUCCUCCGCUCGCCGAAGCGUCUCCGCCCGAUCUCCCUCUCCCCGGAAUCCAUGACCCUCAAAUCCCCCCUCUCCACCCUCCACGCCCCUCCUCUUGUCGCCGGUGAACACCCCUCCGCACUCACGUCGGAGCAGGCGAAGAGGGCGAAGAGGGUCGACGCCGGCCGAUCCCUUUCCCGAUGGAAGCAGAACCUCAGUAUCUGUUCCGAAAGGAUCGCGACAAGGAAAGGUACUCAUUCCGAUCCGUAUGUGAAGCUGGGAGAGCUCUUGGUCGAGGAGGCAUGGCUGGAGGCUCUCCCCGGCGAGCUUCAGAAACCCUACGCGCAGAACCUGUGCAGGUUUGUGGAGAUGUAG